AUGGAGAGGACUUGGAGUGUGUGGCUCUCAGUGAACAAUCAGGACAAUAAGUUUAUUUUGUUCGCUAUGGAGGAAUAUCACUUUCCAUCUAUGCGGGUCCUAAAAUACAUUACCUCAGUAAAUAGGGAUGGCGACCCUGUUCGCAGAAUGUAUUCAGAAAGCCAAUGCUUUCCAAGGCUCAACGGAAAAACAGAAUUACCCUUAAAACUGGAAGUGAAUUCUCAAGUCACCUUUCUGGUAGUCGUUGGUACUGGAAAACUCCCCCACCCCCGGAAGUCCCUCCUGAAGUCCUUCAGUAAAAGGCCAACGAGUCUGGGCAAACACAAAAAGAAAUUCAGCCCUCUGGGCAAGAGCCCUCUGAACCAGGGAGAUGCUUCGGCCCCCAGUCUGCCCAAACAGGCAGCCAGCACAUCUGGACCUACACUCCCUGCUUCCCAAGCAAUGAAUCCGCAAGCACAAAGGCAGGUGGGGCUGCUGACCAGCAACCCCGCCACGUCAUAGACAAGCUCUGGAAUCUGCAUGAACGGUAACUUUAAGCAAACCCACCGUGGCCUCCUGAAAAGUAAUUCGGGACAGAGUUUGAUGAACCAGGCCAGGCAAGGGCCGGCAUAAGUCAUGAAUGGAUCACAUGGGGCUGCUGGCCGAGGGCAGGGGGCUAGCAUGCCAUAUCCAGCCCCAGCCAUGCAGGGGGGCACGGGUAGGGUCCUGGAUGAAACGCUGACGCAGGUGUCGCCGCAGAUAGCUGAUCAUGGACUGAACACGGCAGAAGCAGGAGGUUGUAUGACUAAGAUGGGGAUGACAGUGAACACAAGUCCCUUUGGACAUCCCUUCAGCCAGACUGGAGGACAGCAGAUAAAGGCCCCCAGAGUGAACCCUCAGCUACCCAGCAAACAGAAUAUGGUCAAUAGUUUGCCUCCCUUCCCUACAGACAUAAAGAAUGCUUCAGUCACCAACGUGCCAAGCAUGUGUUAGAUGCAAACAGCAAUGGAAAUUUCACCCAUACAAGUAAUUGCUACGGGCCCCACAGGUGACCCUGAAAAACGCAAACUGAUCCUGGGGUCUCCUGCAAGUGGGAUUCCAAGCACAAUUGGGUCUGUGGGUACAGGCCAGCAGAAUAUCUCAGCUCCAUGCUGUGGGCCUAUGCUGCCCUUCCCGAACCAGCCCCAGACACAAACCAGAGGUAUGACUAAGAUGGGGAUGACAGGGAACACAAGUCCCUUUGGACAGCCCUUCAGCCAGACUGGAGGACAGCAGAUAGAGGCCCCAAGAGUGAACCCUCAGCUACCCAGCAAACAGAAUAUGGUCAAUAGUUUGCCUCCCUUCCCUACAGACAUAAAGAAUGCUUCAGUCACCAACGUGUCAAGCAUGUCCCCGAUGCAGAGCACAAUGGGGAUUUUACCCAUACAAGUAAUUGCUGCGGGCCCCACUGCAGACCCUGAAAAACGCAAACUGAUCCUGGGGUCUCCUGCAUGUGGGAUUCCAAGCACAAUUGGGUCUGUGAGUACAGGCCAGCAGAAUGCUACAUCAUUAAGCAAUCCGAAUCCCAUAGAUGUCAGCUCCAUGCUGUGGGCCUAUGCUGUCCUCGGACUGCCCUUCCCGAACCAGCCCCAGACACAGCUACAGCCUCGGGUUCCUGGCCAGCAACCAGCACAGCCUCCAGCUCACCAGCAGAUGAGGACUCUCAACCCUAUGGGAAACAAUACAAUGAACAUUCCAACAGGAGGAAUGAUAACAGAUCAGGAACCACCAAAUCUGCUUUCUCAAUCAGCUCUUCUGACAUCGCUUGGAGCUGCAAAUCCCCUGAUUCCAGUGCCAUCCUCAGUGGCCAGUGCUGAUACCAGCUCGCAGCAGUCAGGAUCUGAAGUUUCAAUGCAGGAGAUGAAAUCCAAAAUCAAGACAUAUGACACUGAGCCUGACGUCAGUGAGCCCCAGGGGAAAUCUGGGUCGGAGAUGACAGACGAGGAUAUUCAAAGAUCUUCCCACGUUAAAGAAACAGGCACAACAAGGCAGGAAUCAGAGCCAAUGGAAGUGGAUGAGAAAAAGCCGGAGGUGAAAACAGAAGCCAAGGAGGAGGAAGAGAGUGGCCCCAAUGGCGCAGCCUCUCAGUCCACUUCUCCCGCACAGCCCCGAAAGAAAAUCUUCAAGCCAGAGGAGCUGCGCCAAGCCCUAAUGCCAAGCCUCGAAGCACUAUUUCGACAAGACCCAGAGUUCUUACCCUUUCGGAAACCCAUGGAUCCAGAGCUCCUAGGAAUCCCGCACUAUUUGGGCAUUGAUAAGAACCCCAUGGACCUCUCCACCAUUAAGCGGAAGUUGGAAACAGGACAGUACCAAGAGCCCUGGCAGUAUGUGGAUGACUUCUGGCUUCUGUUCAACAACACCUGGAGCCACAAACGUAAAACCUCACGGGUCUAUAAGUUCUGUAGUAGACUGGCAGAUAUGUUUGAGCAAGAAAUUGACCCUGUGAUGCAGUCCCUGGGAUACUGCUGUGGGAAAAAGUACGAGUUCUCCUCGCAGACUUUGUGCUGCUAUGGGAAGCAGCUAUGUACAAUUCCUCCGGAUGCCGCCUAUUACAGCUAUCAGAACAGGUAUAAUUUCUGUCAGAAAUGUUUCCGAAAUAUUCGAGGAGAGAAUGUUUCCCUGGGUGAAGACCCAUCUCAGCCUCAGGCAAUAAUUUCAAAGGAUCUAUUUGAAAAGAAAAAGAACGAUAGGCAAGAUCCAGAACCUUUUGUUGAUUGUAAGGAAUGUGGACGGAAGAUGCAUCAGAUCUGUGUGCUUCAUCACGAUAUCAUUUGGCCUUCAGGCUUUGUGUGUGACAACUGCUUAAAGAAAACUGGCACAACGCGAGAAGAAAACCAAUUCAGUGCUAAGAGGCUGCAGACUACCCGGUUGGGGAGUCACUUAGAAGAACGAGUCAACAAGUUUUUGCGGCAACAGAAUCACCCGGACGUUGGGGAGGUCUUUGUCCGGGUGGUGGCUACAUCGAACAAGAGGGUGGAAGUUAAACCCGGCAUGAAGUCUCGAUUUGUGGAUUCUGGGGAGAUGUCUGAAUCUUUCCCUUACCGGACCAAAGCACUGUUUGCCUUCGAGGAGAUUGAUGGGGUAGAUGUCUGCUUCUUUGGGAUGCAUGUUCAGGAGUAUGGCUCUGACUGCCCACCCCCCAACACCAGGCGAGUGUACAUAUCUUAUCUGGACAGUGUCCACUUUUUUCAACCACGCUGCCUCCGAACAGCUGUAUAUCAUGAAAUAUUGAUCGGCUACCUCGAAUAUGUAAAAAAUUUAGGGUAUGUGACUGGCCACAUUUGGUCAUGCCCCCCCAAGAAGGGCGACGACUACAUCUUCCACUGUCACCCGCCUGAUCAGAAGAUCCCCAAGCCAAAACGGCUACAGGAAUGGUACAAGAAGAUGCUAGAUAAGGCAGUCGCGGAUCACAAUAUCCACGACUACAAGGACAUUUUCAAACAAGCAACUGAGGACGGGCUGACAAGUGCCAAGGAGCUUCCUUAUUUUUCAGGAGACUUCUGGCCCAAAGUGCUGGAAGAGAGCAUCAAGGAGCUGGAGCAGGAGGACGACAAAAGAAAGAAGGAAAAGAGUACUGAGGCUAGUGAGCCCACAGAGGGCAGCCAGGAAAACAGCAAGAAUGCCGAGAAAAAGAAAAGGAGGAAGAGAAAGAAAACCAAGAGCAGCAUUAGCCGUGCCAACAAGAAGUCCAGAAUGCUCUGUGAUACAAAAAACUUGUCCCAGAAACUAUAUCCUAUUAUGGAGAAACAGAAAGAGAAUUUUUUUGUGAUCCACUUGCAUGCGGGGCCUGUCAUCAACACUCUGCCCCCCAUCGUUGACCCUGACCCCCUGCUCAGCUGCGACCUCAUGGAUGGGAGGGAUGCCUUCCUUACUUUGGCAAGAAACAAACACUGGGAGUUCUCUUCCCUACGCCGCUCCAAGUGGUCCACACUGUGCAUGUUGGUGGAGUUACACACACAGGGCCAGGACCACGUCAUCUACAGCUGCAACGAGUGCAAGCACCAAGUGGAGACAUGCUCGCAAUGCACCGUGUGUGAGGACUACAAGCUUUGCUACAAUUGUUAUAACACCAAGAGCCACACGCAUAAGAUAGCCAAGUGUGGGCUGGGCCCAGAUGAUGAAGUUAGCAACCAGGGCGUUCCUCAGUCCAAGAGCCCAGAAGAUUCUCGGAGCCAGAACAUCCAGCAUGGCAUCCAGUUACUGGUGCACGCCUGCCAGUGCGUCAAAACCACCUGCUCACUGCCGUCCUGCCAGAAAAUGAAGCACCUUCUACAGCAUGCCAAGGGCUGCAAUCCCAAGACCAACAGAGGCUGCCCGGUGUGCAAGCAGUUCAGUGUGCUCUGCUGCUGCCAUGCCAAACACUGUAAAGUGAACAAAUGCCCUGUGCCCAUCUGCUUCAAUAUCAAACACAAGCUCCACCAGCAGCAGACCCAGCACCACAUGCAGCAGGCCCAGCUCAUGCAUUGGCAGAAGUCCACCAUGAACACCAGCAGCAUGCCUCAGCAAAGUCUGCCUUCCUCUACCUCAGCAACACCCGGCACCACCACGCAGCAGCCCAGCAUGCCCCAGAUACUCCAGCCUCCUGCUCAACCCCAACCCUCCCCUGUGAGCAUGUCCCCUUCCGGCUUGCCCAGCAUUGCCCAGACUCAGCCUCCCACAAUUGUGUACGCUGGAAAGCCCACCAACCAGGUGCCCGCCCCUCUGCAGCCUGCCCAGCCCUCACGAGCUGCUGUGGAGGCAGCCCGUCAGAUCGAACACGAGGCCCAGCAGCAGCAGCACCUGUACAAGGUGAACAUCAAGAACGACAUGUCUCCAGGGCACCCGGGCGUGGUGGUCCCUGUGAGCCAGAUGGCAGCUGUGGGCCUGAGCGUGCCAUGCCCCAGCCAGGUCAGCAGGCCCAUCAUGCCCAUCAUGCCCCCUGGCCAGUGGCAGCAGGUCCCCUUCCCCCAACAGCAGCCCAUGUCAGGCAUGCCCAGGCCGGUAAUGGCCAUGCAGGUCUCUGUGACCGGGCCGCCCAUGUCCAGUGUGCCGCCACCCAGGAGCAUCUCUCCGGGUGCCCUCCAGGACUUGCCCUCCAGGUCGCUCAGGUCUCCUCAGCCAAUGGCCAAAUACGUGGCCAGCCACCCCGGCCUGCAGUCCCAGCAUGGCCUCCUACCACAGCCAGGCCUGCACCAAGAGCUUGGCUCGCAGAACCUGAACGUGCAAGCAGGUGGCCCGUGGCCUGUUGUGCCUCCACAGAACCAAGCCAUGGGCAGCCUGAACCCCCAGCGCCAGGCUCUGAACAUCAUGAACCCUGGGCACAACCCUAGCAUGGCAAGUAUGAACCCACAAUACCGAGAGAUGCUGCGGUGCCAGCUGCUCCAGCAGCAGCAGCAGCAGCAACAACAGCAGCCGCCACUACCACCACCGGGCAGCACUGGCAUGGCGAGGGGCAUGGCCGCACAUGGCCAGUUCCAGCAACGUCAAGGAUCUGGAGGCUACUCCAAGGCCAUGCAGCCACAGUGGCUGCAGCAGCACCUCCCCAUGCAGGGUGGUGCCAUGGGGCAGAUGGCUGAUCAGAUGGGACAACUCGGCCAGAUGGGACAGCCUGAGUUGGGUGCCGACAGCACUGCCAGCUUCCAGGAGGCUCUGCAGCAGCAGAUGAAGCAGCAGAUUGGUUCACCUGGCCAGCCCAACCCCAGGAGUCCCCAGCAGCACAUGCUGUCAGGACAGCCCCAGGCUUUGUACCUCCCGGGCCAGCAGAUGGCCACGUCCCUCAGCAGCCAGGUGCAGUCUCCGGCCCUUGUGCUGUCUCCAAGGCACUCCCAACCACCACAUUCCAGCCCAUAACCAUGGAUACAGGCCCAGCCUUCGCCACAGCACAUCUCACCAUAGAAUGGCUCCCCUCACCCAGGACUUGCGGUCACCUUGGCCAGCUCCAUAGACUGGGGACAUUUGAGGAACACCGAACAGAGUGCAAAGCUCCCACAGCUCAACACCCCCAACAGGAGUGUGCUGUGCCACGCUUCUGUCUGUGGGACUGGACGUUUUGUACCGCAGCUCAGGCGUCCAGGUGCAAUCCUCAUCGACAGAACUGCUGCCAGCCAUAGCCCUGGAAUUACUCUUCUGGCCAUGAGGCAAGAGGACACAAUGUGUAGUAGAGGGUACAAGGCUGAGGAUUUCAGCAGAUUAGGCUGGCACCUGAAAGAACCAGGAGACAGGGUCUUAUCUUAUUGGUUAUCCGAGGCCAUCUCUGAGGUCUCUUGA